AAAAAAAUUAAACAGCGCGCUGAAUAGGAAAUGCUAGCAGCAGCAACAAACAACCGUUGACGGAAACUGCAAGCAGCAUCUCUACCUUAGUGCGUUCGUUGUUAAUCACGCUUGCAGUGUGUCGUACAGUAAGUGAUUAAAACGAUAUGGAAAGUUAUAAAACGAUAUGGAUUUGCCAGAGUUGUGUUAGUUUGAACGCGAUGUCAGAGGAUCGAUGCUGCUACGACUGCGAAUAUACACGUCGAGAAAACAUCGGAGCGCAAGCUUAGUCAUAACCAUCAAUCCAACGCCACCGGUAUAGUGGAAUCUGCAGUCGUGGUUCUCGUGUCCUAUCACUUAUCCAAGCUAUUGCGCCAUAAGUAGGCACUUUACAUGGAGAAGAUACCUUUGAAAACGCAAUGGGGUCGUUUGGCCUUUGCUGAACAGUACUUUCCCGAUGAACUGUUCCAGCAAGCCACUGUCUUACGCACGCGGCGCAUUAUUCGCAAGGAAGCUCCGCACAAACGCGAACCCAUCGAGCUGACGCCCGAUAUCCAGCUGCGGCUGCGCAAGAUCAUCCGCCGUUUGCAGAGCAAGCGCUGGUACCUGCACGAGAAACGUGGUUUCAAACGCCAGGCACGCCAGCGAAAGCUUCAGCGGCGCGCUGAUUUCGUGCAGAAGCAGAAGCAAGCCGAAAAAAAGGCCGGCGAAAAAGCGGGAAAGGACGGCAAAGGAAAGGAAGCGCCGAAAGCGACCACAUCUAAAGGCAAACCGCCGACUGCUAACCAGACAUUUCCGCCAAAAUCGCGGAAAAAGUACAGAAAAUGGCGGGAAGGGAGAUACCGGAAAUGGAACAAGACCAACUUUCGGUCGGAAAUGCUUUCUUUUAUGUUGUUCGCUGUCUGUUUAGGAAUACGAGCACAUGUACUACCGGGGUUCCCACCCCGGCACACGCCCUUUUCUGAGUCCCAGAGCUUCCACAUAUCGCCUUAUCAGCAAGCCAUAUCUGGCUUCGAACAGCACAAUUUAGCGUCCGAACGGCUGCCGGCAGUUUUUGAGCCGUCUCCGUACUGCAAUGUCGAAAAACCAUUAGGAUCACUGGAAGCCAAGCGGCGCUUGACCAAACUGUACCAGAAACAGUGGGAAAUUGAGAAUUAUGACCGACUGAACCGCAACCGUUUGGUCAAAGCCAUGGCAAAACUCAUCAUCAUGGCGAAAGAGAAGUACGAUGCAGAGCAAAACCGAAAGAGUAUCGACAAGAGCGCAGCGAAAAGCCAUCAGCCAGUCAUUCUGGCGUACCCGACGCAAAAUAAACCUGGAGCGCUUACUUCUGAGCAGGCUGAACGCGAAGCUGAAGUGCACGAAAUACUCCGCAAACAGCUUCAAGAAAAGGUCCGGGAAUUUCUCCAGAAUGAUCCAGCUGAACGGAACCGACAACUUCAGAAAAAAAUGCUAAAGAAAGUUCUCCAAAAUGCAGAAAUAAAGAAAAAUACAUUUAUCAACCGACCAAAAACAUUCUAUGACCACUUUAUGCGUCGGCAACUCCAAGAUCACACAGUUGCCAAAACCAUAGAGAAGCGUCAGUUAAUGGGAGCCACAAAGGCAGUUACCCCGUACUGUCGCUACUUAAUUGGGUUUAUCCCCGCCUCGAAGAUCGUCUUACCCGGAAGCAAGAUCAUUCCCAGUCGACAACGCCAUGGUCCUCGACCAAUGAAACUCUUGUCGCGCAUUUUGCCUCAUCAACAUGUCCACCCUAAACGGCCAGGACAUAAACGGGAGCGUUACACCAAGCAGCGUGAUCCCCACAAACCGAUUAAAGAAAAGCCGAAAGUUAAGGAAAAGAAGGAAGAUAAAGGGAAGGUCAAAGGCAAGCCGACGGCGGCUAAAUCCAAAGGGAAAGAUAAAGGCAAAACAACCGGCAAAGGCGGACCACCCAAAGACCCCGAAAAAUACCGAAAAUGGCACCGCCGACAGAAGCGGCAACGCCGGAAAAGAAAGUUGCGAAAGUGGAUUCCCGAUAUCGAAAAACGAAGGAGGAUCAAGAUCGCUCAAGAAAUAUUGGAUGAAAAAAAUUUUUGCCGGCCAAAGCCAAAUUUAAGAGGAAUGCGGCAGCGGAUUCGCGAACUGGAAGUUCAAAACGACCGAGCUACCCAGUUAAUCGAGUAUUUAACCCGCCGGAACGAGUACCUUCAUGAGCAGUAUACUGACUCCUAUACUAAAAAACACAGCGAAUACUUCGCUGUCUUCUCCGACUGGCGCUCCCACAACGACGAAUGGUUCCACCUCAAGGACCAGAUGGACGAAAUCCAGUCGGCCAUCCAUGCCGAAUCAAAGUUCUACGAGGAGCGCUGCCGCUCCAUCAUUGCCGAAACCACACAACUGGACCAUUUGCUGCACAAAGAAAUUUCCAACAUUGAGAUCGACUACAUGGAAAUAUUGCAGUUUCUGCAGCAAGAACCCAAUUGGGAGGUGCAGAUCGCGCAUCUGCAAACGCGGCCGUUGUACUAUGAAUUUCUAUACGCAUUUCGUGAGGCUGCGGAAGAGCAGAACUCUGCGUACAUCAGUGACCUUUUGCAACGGCAAAUGCAUAAAGAUUUCUUGAACUUGGCGCUUUUGGAACGCCGACGUAUGCGUAAGCUCCUUCCCGAUGCAUGUAAGCGGGUGCUGGAAGAAAGAGGUUUACUGGCACAGGAACAGAACAAACUGCGAAUGUGGUGUAAUCGGCUGCAGCGGAGACGCGAAAAGGUCUUGUUGCCGCUUUUAAAAGCCAAGCGAAUGCAGUGGGAUAACGUUCGCUGGGAGAAGCGUCACGUGAUUUGCCAACGCCAGCCAACCUUAUGGAAAAUUUUGGAUAAGAAAAAGCGGCUUCGUUUCUUGCGGCCGGUUAAUGGCGCAGCCGUCAGCCGGCUGUACAGGGCGGCGGGGCGCCAUCACCAAGAACUGCGCGCCCAGAUAACUGACGAGAAAAAAAAGCAUCAAGAAAAUCAAAACGACUUUCAAAUUGAGCAGCGGAAUUUAGAAGGAUUCCGAUCGCGCUUGGAACGGUUAAAACAUAAACGUUGCACAUUGGUGAAGCUGGUGGUUGAAUUAGCGAAUACUCUGAAAACAGCAUUCGGUUUACCAGACGAUUUCUUCUCUAUACGCUGGGCGGCAAAACCUUGCGUGGUGCCGAACACCAAUGAGCUUUUACGUCAUGUCCUUGAUAAACUGCAAAAUGAAAAAUUGCUGGAGCGUCAUGAACCGGAAGAGGACAUUCGGCAUUUUGUUUCCGGUUUGGCUGGAAUGGGUCAGAGCGUUAAAUCCUUCUCGAUCAAGGCGUUUGAUAAUCGUUCCUAAGCAACCUCCUCAAACAAGCGCAAUAACCAUUGAUCAACUGACUGAGCGUUGUUUUUGCUGUAAUU